AUGCAGCAUCCUCAAGAUGGCGUACAUGAACCGACCAUGGUCAGCGCCACCACCGACGUCGAGAAGAUGGCCGGGAGCAGUGGUGUCUCCAGGGCCAAAGCUGGGAAGUUGAGGAGUGCGAGAGCGCUCAUGCUCAGGCUCAUAUCAGCUGGUCCCAUCGAGGAACGAGGUGUCUUGCCAGUUCCUCUCGAAGAACGGAGUUCAACCAGAUAUUCCAGCUACUUUUCCAUCUGGGCCUGCAUGAACAUCAAUCUUCUGCCCAUCACAUUUGGCAUGCUCGGCAGUUCAAGUUAUGGGUUGAGUCUUAGGGACUGCGCACUUGUUAUCCUGUUCUUUUGCCUCCUGACCGCAGCCAUACCGGCCUACCUUGGAACCCUCGGCCCCAAGACCGGCCUUCGUCAGAUGAUCCAGGCCAGGUAUUCAUUCGGACGCUACCUGGUGUCGGUCCCCGUCAUACUGAACCUGGCAACACUCACGGGUUUCUGUGUCAUCAUCUGCGUUGUUGGCGGCCAAUGUCUGUCGGCUGUUGCUGGGGGGUCGCUCACGCCCGCAGUCGGCAUAGUCAUAGUUGGGAUCCUGUCCCUUCUCAUUUCUUUCUGCGGGUACGACGUCCUGCAUCAUUACGAGCGAUGGGCCUGGCUCCCCGCCGUGGUCGCCAUUGUCAUUGUCACUGGAUGUGGUGGCUCUCAUUUGCAUCAACAAGCACCGACGGAACCCGCGACCGCAGGGGCAGUGCUGAGCUUCGGCAUGAUUAUAGCUUCGUACAUGAUCCCCUAUGCCGCUCUUGCUUCCGACUUUACCACAUAUUUGAAUCCCCAGUUUCCUUCCUGGAGGCUGUUUUUGUAUGGCUUUGCGGGAUUGAUAUUUCCGUCCGUGCUGCUAAUGGCGCUGGGGGCCGCCAUCGGAGGCGCCAUCAGUAGCGUGCCCGCGUGGGGAGAAGCGUACGAAACGAAUGCAGUCGGUGGCAUCCUCGCGAGCAUGGCCUCCCCUGCUGGCGGUUUCGGCAAGUUUGUGGUCGUUGUCCUGGCCUUUACAAUGCUGGGCAAUAUCGCGGCCACCAUGUACUCGAUCACGCUGAACUUCCAGAUCCUGAUCCCGCAGCUCGUCGUGGUGCCCCGCUAUGUGUAUUCCAUCGUCGUCACGGCCAUUGUCAUACCCGUCAGCAUCAAGGCAGCAGCCGACUUUUUCAACAGCCUCGAGAACUUCAUCUCGCUCAUUGGGUAUUGGUCGGCGGCGUUUGUAUCGAUCCUGAUCACGGAACAUGUCGUGUUUCGAAAGGGGCUGUACCACACCUACCAUCACGACCACUGGAACGACGCGGCAAGGUUGCCUUGGGGUGUUGCUGCUCUCGGCGCUAGUGCGCUCUCGUUCGCCCUGGUUGUCCCGUCCAUGUCACAGGUCUGGUUCACGGGGCCUAUAGCCGAACAUACGGGGGAUAUCGGCUUUGAAAUGGCUUUCGUCGUGACGGCUGUGCUGUACUUGCCCUUCCGCAUGAUAGAGAAGAGGUUGAGCGGGCGUUGA